CAAUCGGAACCAGCCUUGUGGGAGAGAUGGCUACAGAAUCAAAGAAAGCUGCAGCUCAGAACUUUCCAGAGGAUAAAGAUCUUCUGAUAGUGAAGAUAGAAGAGGAAGAGAUUAUCUGGAGACAGGGCACUUGCAUACAGAGAAGUGAUCCCCUCAGGCAGGAGCUCUGCGGGCAACUUUUUAGGCAGUUCUGCUGCCAAGAUCCCUGGGAGGCACUGAGCCGGCUCCAGGAGCUUUGCUGUCAGUGGCCGAAGCCAGAGAUCCAUACCAAGAAGCAGAUCAUGGAGCUGCUGGUGCUGGAGCAGUUCUUGAGCAUCCUGCCAGGGGAUCUGCAGGCCUGGGUGCGUGAACAUUACCCAGAGAGUGGAGAGGAGGCAGUGACCAUACUGGAAGAUUUAGAGAGAGGCACUGAUGAAGCAAUACACCAGGUUCCAGCCCAUGAACAUGGACAAGAAAUAUUGAGGACAAAGGAGUCACCUCCUGGACCAGCAUUUAGUGUCCAAUUCAGGCCAGAGGAGAUCAAGGCCCAUUAUGGUUCUCUAGAACCUCAGCUCCUGUUGGACUGUGGUGAUGAGAGUGAAAACAAUGGAUCCAUGCCAAAGCUGGACAUUUAUGAAAAAACAGAAUCUCAGAGAAGAAUCUCAGGAAGAAUCUCAGGAUAUGUGUCAGAAGGAUCUGAUGAGCCACAAGACAUCUGUAAGUCUGCAGACCGAGUAAAGAAGCAAUGGGAAAAAGAACCAGGGGAGUCUCAGAGACCAUCAUCUGCCCAAGAUGGAGGUUUUGGUAAAAUCCUCAACCACAAAAAUACACUCACAGAUGAAAUGAUGAGCCAUGAUGGAUGUGAGAGGAGCUUAAAUCUGAGCUCAAAUGAAUUCACACAUCAGAAAUCUUGUAAACAUGGUACCUAUGAACAGAGCUUCAAAUGGAAUUCGGAUUUUAUUAACCAUCAAAGAAUUUAUGCUGGAGAAAUUCACCAAUAUGGAAAAUCUUUCAAGAGCCCAGUACUUAUUAAACAUGCAGCAAUUUUCAGGGGAGAGAAAACUCAUCAGUGUAAUGAGUGUGGGAAAGCUUUUAGGCACAGCUCAAAGCUUGUUAGGCAUCAGAGAAUCCACACUGGAGAGAGACCCUAUGAAUGUGAUGAGUGUGGGAAAGGCUUUGCAGGAAGCUUAGAUCUUUAAAUUAGACAUCAGUGAAUUCACACUGGGGAAAGACCCUUUGGAUGCAAAGAAUGUGGGAGAGCAUUCAGUCUGAACUCACAUCUUAUCCUGCAUCAGAGAAUUCACACCAGAGAGAAACCCUAUAAAUGUAGUGAAUGUGGGAAAACCUUCCACGUAAACUCACACCUUAUCUGACACCUGAGAAUCCACACUGGAGAGAAACCCUAUGAAUUCAGUGAGUGUGGGAGAGCUUUCAGUCAGAGCUCACACCUUAGUCAACAUCAGAGAAUUCACAUGAGGGAAAACCUGUUAAUGUAA